CCAUGGCAAAAGAACUCCUCCCGGAGAACCCCAGUGCGAGGUCCUCAGGAUUGGCUCAGAGUUGUGCCGCGACGCCACCCAUAUUCUGCCUCCGAAGCUUGAGGCAGGCUGUGGGCUGAGUGCCCCUGGCCCUACCCCUACGGUUGAAUUUAGGAACUGAUGACGCACCCUAUGCUGUUUGAGGCGUGAAACUCACCUGAGGAAAUGCAUCUGCUCCAUUAGCAUGGAUUUAUAUUAUUUGGGGAUGGAGAAUCUUCAGCUGCCUUAAGUUUCUGUUACCGUCAGUUUCUGAGAUGGCUUCUUUGCAAAGGCAAGGGCUGCAGGCAAGGAUUCUCAGCUCUGAAGAAGAGGAAAAACUGAAAAGAGACCAAACUUUGGUGUCUGAUUUUAAACAGCAAAAAUUGGAACAAGAGGCUCAGAAAAACUGGGAUCUUUUUUACAAAAGAAAUAGCACUAAUUUCUUCAAAGAUAGACACUGGACCACCAGAGAGUUUAAGGAGCUAAGAUCAUGUAGAGAGUUUGAAGAUCAAAAGUUAACAGUGCUUGAAGCUGGCUGUGGGGUUGGAAACUGUUUAUUCCCACUUUUAGAAGAAGAUCCGAAUAUCUUUGCCUAUGCCUGUGAUUUUUCUCCAAGAGCAGUUGAAUAUGUUAAGCAAAAUCCUUUAUAUGACGCAGAAAGAUGCAAGGUAUUCCAGUGUGAUCUGACGAAAGAUGAUCUUCUGGAUCAUGUACCACCAGAAUCUGUGGAUGUUGUUAUGUUGAUAUUUGUGCUCUCAGCUAUUCAUCCUAAUAAGAUGCACCUUGUCUUACAAAACAUUUACAAGGUAUUAAAACCAGGAAAAAGUGUCUUGUUUCGUGACUACGGGCUGUAUGAUCAUGCUAUGCUUAGGUUUAAAGCCGGCAGCAAACUUGGAGAAAACUUUUAUGUUAGACAAGAUGGGACCAGAUCAUAUUUUUUUACUGAUGCAUUCCUGGCCCAGCUCUUUAUGGACACAGGUUAUGAAGAAGUGGUAAACGAGUAUGUGUUUCGAGAGACGGUGAAUAAAAAAGAAGGCCUGUGUGUGCCGAGAAUUUUCCUUCAGAGCAAAUUUCAAAAGCCUCCUAAGAACCCAUCUCCUGUGAUCCUGGGCCUGGAUCAUAAGUCCUGACCUUUCAUGAGAAUAAGGACCUACUGGAAAUAGAUGAAAAAGACAUCUGGAGAGGAAAUAUUGAAGCCAAGAAUGAGACUGGAGGUGGAACUCGCCCUUUUAUUUUGAUUCUCUGAUUCCAAGAAGGAACCCACUGGGCUGCAGGAGUGUGGCGACCACCCCUGUCUCUUUACAGCAGCCCCUUACUCAUGGGUGGUGCCGUGAAGGUCCCCUUUCCAGCUACUCCAUCUUCAACGUCGUCACUGCCCAUUCUUUCACUCCUCUUUCUGGGUCUCUGACAAAAUGUUCAUUAGAUGUUUAAAUUGUUUUCGAAGUCUUUUUUCUAUUUCUCUGCACAUCCUAUCUUUUUGUCUCUUGGAAAUGAGGAAGGAGACCGGCAGGACUUGUCUUCUUGUCACAACCGUGCUGACUGAAAGAUGGUCCACACAGGAUGAAGUGAAGAAACCAGCGGAAACCAGCAGAUGGCGACAAAAGCAAUCCCUAGCCGCCCUUGUUGCUUAUUAGUAUAGGUCCUUUACUAUAGGACAUGCCCGCCAGCGCCAUGACAGUUUAUAAAUGUCAUGGCAACGACCCGGAAGUUACU